UGAGGCUUCCAGGUACUCAACUCUGACCUGAACCCUUCUCUCAACGUUACCUACCUAUCAUUACGCUUCCUGACUACGCCUCUCGUAUAUGGAGCAUGAUGAGACGGCGAGCGAGCCCAUACUUUCGCGGGAUGUUUGCACAGAUACCAUUGCCGAGCGAGGCAAGGUGAAAGUCAGUCAAGCAGUCCCAGAUCAUUGCGUCAUCUGCCUCUGCCCCAUCUCCGAGAGGGCCAUAACAACGCCGUGUAAUCACUAUACGUUUGACUUCAUAUGCUUGGCCAGCUGGUUAGAGCAGCGUUCUGUGUGUCCGCUAUGCAACACCGAGAUCACAGCAAUAGAAUAUGACUUUGCGUCGCCAACUGACUUUGAGAGAUUAGCCAUCAAACCGACCAGGCCAUCUGGUAGAGUGGAAAACGCUUCACCUUCCCGUCAAAAUCGACUGAUGCACUCGAGUCAACGAACACCAACUCAAAGACCAUGGGGUAUUACUACUCCUGCACCGAGCCCUGACUUGGCACUGGUUCGUCGACGACACGUGUAUAAACACGGGCUUCGGUGUCUCCAUGUAGGCAGCAACCGAGUAUCUAGGUAUCGUGACUAUACACCAAUCCAAUUCUCUACGUCCAGCGACUUGCAAUCUCGAGCUCGACAGUGGAUACGGCGGGAGCUACAGGUCUUCACUUUUCUAGAUCCCACCAAUGAGAGACGCUCACAUGACGAUGAACAAGAGAGGGGUGCGAGUGUUGGACGAGCGUCAAAUGCCGAAUUCCUUCUAUCAUACCUUAUAGCCAUACUCAAAACAGUAGACAUAAAGGGCAGUGCAGGGCAAGCUCAAGACAUGCUUCAAGACUUCAUCGGCCGAGAGAAUGCAUGUCUAUUCUUACACGAGCUAAAUUCAUGGCUUCGGAGUCCAUAUAUCCGCGUCCAAGAUUGGGAUAGGCACGUACAGUACGCACAAAAGCUCCCAGGCCCAAAUGGAGACAGGUGUGUGGAUUAUCGCUAUGCCGCUUACAGGAGAUACGCGGGCGCUUCUGAAUAGAACACUGGGUGUAGCUAGAUAUUAUCUUUAAAAGAGCUCAUUUAUUCACUUCCCUGUACAUGCUCGCUGUCAUUUCGCCUAGACCUAUUUUCGUCCUGCAGCG